AUGGAUCCUUCAUCUGUGUACCUCCUUGGGGCUGAUUGCGUGGACAAGGAUCUUUGCCAAGAUUGGGCUUUCGAAAUCGAGGAAAGUUAUGAUGUGUGGAUCUACAGCUUGGUCACCGAAGCCAUUUCUGAGAUGGUGAGCCCCAAUAGUGAAACGCAAACUUAUGCCAAAGACAGCGAUUCUUAUCGUCUUUGCUGGAUCGGAGGACCGAAGCAGUCAUCGGUAGUCGCGAGUUCUCGGGGUUCUACGUCAGAUUCAGAGGACGAUGCGAAUUUAUUGACUGGUCUGCCCAAUGUCUGCAAAAUCUCCCUUACGCAAUUAAUCAAGUGCAACUCCUACGCCCAAAUGUUUCUUAGCCAUCCCUGCCGGGACUCACCGAAUAACGACACACAGCCUCGAUCUGUGAUGAGAGUUGUGGCCAGUCAUUGA